AUGACGGAGUUUAGGCAUCCUUCAGUCCUCAAGAUGCCCCGACGGGAUAUGCCUCCAAUUUAUGAUGUUCUUUUCCAAACCGUUCCGAAACAAGAAAUCCUGCAAAUCGACCAUUUGCCUGGCUAUUCGUCUCAAGAAGAUUCCUGCUCCAGCCCCGAAAUAGUCCAAAACCAACCGCUCUACUCGCCGACAAUGAGUUUCAAAUUCAUUACUUCUCAAUUCGAAAACAACGAAGCAAAUCACAAACGAAAGCCCGUCGCACCGCCUGAUCCGAAAGAAGAACUGCUUGACGAUUACGUCGACGAUUUUAUGUCUGAUUUUGUCGACAUUUUCGUCGACAAAUUCCUCGAUUCCAUCGUCGAAGAAAAGGCAAACGACAUUUUCAAUGAGCACAUGUUCGAUAUGAUCAUCGAUUCAAAGCACAAUUCAUAA